AUGUGGGCACUGGCGCUGGUGGCUCUCUUAGCUGGAGCAGAUGCUUCGUGCGCAGCUUCCUCGUGCGCAGCUGACACUGGGCUUCAUUCUCGGGCACUGCUGCAGCGACAUGCCAAGAAGCUUGGCUGGACACUGGCACUGGCAAGAAGCGCGAGAGAAGUGGUUUGUCCAGAGAUCGAACAGAUACCCGUCUUCAUGCUGAACUUGAAGCGUCGGGUCGAUCGCCUGCAGAGCUCAUCGGCAGUUCUGGAGAAGGAGCUUCCAUGGCUACAGGUCUGCAGGGUUUCUGCCUUCGAUGGUCGGAACCUGUCAACCGUUCCACUCUCCGAUCGUUUAGUACAGCCUCCGGUGCUCCAAAGCGCCAUCGAGAACGAUGACUUCACGCGUGGUGGCCGCCUGACCACUGGCGCCGUGGCCUGCGCCUUGGGCCACGCAGUCAUGUGGGAGCACAUCGCUCAGGAGGACUUCCCCUUUGCAUUGUUGAUGGAAGAUGACCUGAGUCAAGUCCAUCCAGACUUGGUGAACUUCAUGUGUAAGCUGGCCACCGGCGGCUUCCCAGAAGAUUGGGAGAUCAUUCAGCUUGAUUUCGAUCUGGUGACCGGUGAGAGAAAGGAGGCCGUUUUCGAAGCUGGUUUGUCAAGCAAGCUGAACUUGGUGAGCGGAUCAGCAUACAACUACGGUAUGUACUUGCUGCGAAAGACCGCGGCUCAGGAACUUCUACAGCUGCAGCUGCCCAUAGGCCAGAGUUGUUCCUUGCAGAUUGAUGAUCCGAGCUGCCCGAUGCGAAAAGCUCUGAAGGCCUACAGAACUGAUGUCCCUGCAGCGCUCUUCGCUGCAUCCAGAGAGAAUGACACUGAUAUUCAGCAGUUGCACUUCCUGCAAGUCGACGAACCUCUGCCCGAUUGCCCACCGCUGGACGCCUUGAAGAUGCAGGAACCAGCCUUGCAGACGCUCUUCCCGUCGAGUUGA